CCGAUCUCGAGAUCACUCCUCAUCUUUGCCUGGCUGGAUCCGCGAAGGGUUGUUGCACGGUUCCGUAACGGUGUUGUGUGGAUGUGUUUUUAGUUGGUUUUCGAUCGAUAGCAGCAUUCGCGCACCAAAGAAUAGUGACCCAAAACCGUCGUCACAUGCACGAAAACGUAGCGCUGCAUGUACAGGGCUUAAAAGUUAAACCCACCGCUGGUAGACGAGUGCUAGGUGUUGGCGUCCACCAAGAAUAAGGUGAAUGGUGCGGGCCAAGAUUGCUCCGGUGAAGUGAUUAACCCUACGGAUACAAAGAAAAUUGUGCUACGCCAAGCUUAGCGUGUGUUUGUAUACAACCGGGUGUGGGAGUGUGUGUGUGCGUGUGUAGGUGUGUGUGUGUGCGUGAAAAGUGUGCAGAAAAAAAGGAAAAAGAAUUGAAAACAAGAAGUGAUCAUACGCGGAAAAUAAAGCAACAACAACAACAAAAAACCCGAGGGGUGAAUAAAACAUUCCGCGAAGGGCGCCUGCGAAAACUUGAACCCCCUUUUUCAGCACGCUCUUUGUAGCGGCUCGUUCCAAGCUCCAGCAUCAGCACCAAAUACUCACACACAGUGGCCCCAAAAGGCGCGCCCCGUACCUAGCAGCUGUGCUUGGUGAGCAAGAUUCUAACCAAACCGGUGGUGCAUACGAGCGAACGAGAUCUUCGCGGCGAUCGUGCGCUCUCGCUCGUAAAUAAAAAACCCCCCAGUGAAAACCUGAAUCGCGAGCCCGAGAUCAAGCUGGGCUUUUGAAGGGUUGGGCUUUGACUGCUGACUUAAGCGCUACCCCGCUUCCCUACCUCAACACAGGCGCGAUCGCGCGCGCGCGUGUGUGUGUGUGUGUGCGAGGCAGAAAGAAGAUAGAAAAUUGUGUUGUUAGAAGAAACCGGGGAAUAUCCCGUAGGUGCGUAUUAAAGGAGAAAAAAAAACAAACAAAACAACAUGGCGUUCAACGGUGGUGCUGCCGGUGGGAACGGGAAUGCAGCGGCUGCAGUGGCCGCCGGUGCAGCAAAUAAUGCCAGCGACGAGAACGAAUCAACCGGUGCGAACAAGAAGAAGAACCUGAUCAUACUGGUCGACAAAGAUUCGAACGAUAAGCUGAACGAGCUGUUCGACAAGACGCUCAGCAAUAAGCUCCCGCUACAGAUACCGUACCGCAUGCGCAAGCUGCCGGAGUCGUUCUUUAUGCCACCGUCGUCCGGCUCCAAGUCCCCGUCGGUGUCGCACUCGCGCGAAAACUCGGCCGACUCGGCGUUCGGCUCCGGUACGACCAUACUCGGCGGUGUGACCGGUGUCGCGACCGGUCCGAACGGUUUGCCAAUUCAUCACAGCCGCGCCCACAGCAGCCCGGCCUCGCUCGGGAAGAUCCCGGUCGGGUUGGGCGGGCUGGGCGGUGGUGUGGUAGCGGCGGCCGCCGCCGCUGCUGCCGCGGCCGCCGCCGCCGGUGGCAAUGGGGCCGGCGGUGGAGGUGGCGGCGGUGGCAACAGUGGUGGUGGUGCGGGCAACAGUGCCGGUGCCAGCGGUAGCAAGUCGGCGGCCGCAGCGGCUGCCGCCGCCCAGAACGAUGCCAGCAGUCUCGGGGCGGCCGUCCUGCAGCAGGCGGCACUCUCGAAGGCGGCCAUACAGCAUCUGCACAGCCGGGGUCGGUCGUACGACGUGUCAAACCUGCACGCCAACUUUGGCGAACUGCCGCCCGGCUGGGAACAAGCCAAAACACAGGACGGACGCAUCUACUACAUCAACCACAACACAAGAACGACCACGUGGGAGGACCCGCGCAUCACCGCCAUGCAGGAAAGCCUUUUCCAGCAGCAGUCCAGCGUAGAGACCCUGUUCAAUACCGGUUCCCAGACGUUGCUCAGUCCCACGAUCUCCUCCCCGACACCGACCAACAAUGUGGUAUUUCCAGAUACAAUUCAAAUGACAAAUGACAAUCUCGCACCGUCGAACGCCGCCCCAACGGCAUCGAUGCUGACCGGCAGCAAUGUCGAUCUGGGCCCACUGCCGGAAGGAUGGGAGGAAGGCAUCACGGAGAAGGGUGAACGGUACUAUAUCAAUCAUGCGACUCGGUCGACCACCUGGCGGGAUCCCCGAUUGUCAAACCAAGAUUGGGCAGUACAAGAGCAAACUGUGCGUCUGUACAACCUGCAGCUGGAACGGGAACGACUUCGGAAACGGCAGCAAGAGAUCAAAUCACAUAUGGGAGACGACCCGUUCCUGUCCGGAAUUGCCGAUCACACACGCCAGGAGUCCGGAGAUAGCGGUUUGAGCGAAUCGUCCAUGACGCAGUCGAUGCCCCACACGCCCGAAUUUCUCUCCAGUAUAGACGACAGUAUGGAUGGGUUGAGCAUGACGGACAAUACAAUGGACACUAUAGCAUUUGGGGAUAAUCUCGAGACGCCUGAUGAGUUUAUGCUGGACGAUCCUUUGCUGUUGGAAAAGAUUGAUGCCGUCACCAACCUGACCCUGAUGGAUCCGACGAGUAGUAAAGCGGAAAACACGCUCUACGACAUCAUCUAACGGUUGAUAUGCGAGAAAAACCCCCAGUUAGAACAUAGGCCAACCCCUCUAGUACACCACCAAGUACCGGACAUGUACGUCCACAUGGGUACAAGAAAAAAAAAACUCACUAAACACCGAACAUAUUCAUACACAACAUCCAUUGAAACCAUCCCUGAAUCCCACCCUUCCCGCACACAAACUAUAUAUAAGCGGAGCCAGCAUCGGCUAAUGUGCCGAUUCCUUCACGAGAGUUAUUGCUGGACACCCUGUACCGCGCAAGUGUGCCACAAAUCGAACCAGCGCCCCCCAAACGACUCCACAAAAGCGCUCGGAAGCUACUUAAGAAGGCAAGAAGGGAUCCACUCUGCUAGAAGUUGACUAUCUGUUAGGGUAAAGAAAAAGUAGGGAGCAACACUCCUGAAUCCACGUUUUAAUGUAGUAGGAUCUAUUAUUUCUAGGUUUAUGUUUUCUGUCCUUUUUGUUCCGUUACAUCGAUAUAAUGGUUAUUAUUACAAGAGGGAAGAAAAGAAAAACAUUAUUAGUGUUUACGCUUAGGUACGAAUUAUUAAUGUAUUUUUUUACUAUUAUUUUUUUUAUUCAACUUUAGAUAAAAACCGUGAGAUUGAUUGUGUGCUAGUGUAGAACGCACGAAUGUGGUUUAGCGUGUGCAGUUUAAGCGACGAGACGUUGCGACAUUAGGUGAGACUAAAAGCGAAGCGCAAACAAUUCAAGUGCCUUAAACGAUGUAACAGGAUCGAGCAUUGGGAGCGGUAGAAUGCACAAUGCAAUGAAGGAAGGAAGGCAGUAAACAGUUUAGGUAUGCCGCCCCCUGGUAGAAUGUGUAUUAUAAAGCAAUAAUGCGAUUUUGCGUGGAACACGUAUACGAGCAGACGUAUGUACGUGUAUAUAUAUGCCAGUGGGGGCAGAUGCGCUCAUUUGCCCCUUCCUGGGUAUAGGUAGGCCAAUCCGCUUUUUUAGCGAUUAAUAGCAGCAACAACACGGUUUUCGAGUGCUAAGUGCGCCUGUGAGCAGAGUUGAUGGUUGAGUAUCUGUGCGAUUGAGUUGUAUGAAUGGGACUGCCGUCUGUAUGUGUGUGAGUGUUGUGUGUGUUUUUUUAUUGGAAUAUCCAAUAUUCUAGCCAUAAGAUAGUAGCCAGGAUAAUAGCAUCGGGACGAAGAAACGAAGAGCGUGUCUGCAGCAUGCACAACUCAGCGAAACGGCAUACCAAUCCGGGAUCCGAUGAUCUUGACAAUGUGACAAUUUUUCCAUUGCGAAGUGUCAGCAAAGUUGAACGGAACCGGCAAACGAGUCCCAUGGCAUGAUGCAUUUAUUUUAUUCUAACAGGCAGACACGAUCAACUGUCAAGGAUCAACGGGGUCCUGUAAGCAACAACGGUCCUCCAGUGUCCAGACGCUGCACAUAUGGUGGAAUUAGUAACAUAUUUAAACAAAAUCCACUAAAGUUUGAGUGCAAAAGUGCCUUACAUUUUGUUGCGCGGUAAGAUUUCAAAUGUCUCCGCACCUCCCCCGCAACAACGUAGAAGAGACGAACUGAUGGAUUGUCACUCUGUGUGCCUUUAAGGUCCCCCGGGGCCAUGCAGAUGUGGAAAGAGUUUUUCUUUUAAAAUCAUUUUGAUGCUAUUGAAAAAUUAAUUAGGAUAAAAACGUUAGAGUGGCGUAUGCAAUUAUAUAGAUUUUAUGUUUCAUUUUACAUCCUUCGCAUCCUUUUUGCCGUCUGGGGAAAGACUUUUGAGCAAUAACAGCGAUACUACCUUCUGCAUACCGCUGUAGCUACGUUAUCAAACAAAGAGUAGAGAAGUGUCGACCACACGUGGAAGACAGAAACGUUGGCGGCAUGAGAAUCGGUAAAUGUUAAGCUAUACCUGCCGGCCAUCCAUCCGGUAGGAAACGCGAAGGGAUUAGUAAUAGAACAUAAGCCAAGAUAAACAUAUCCCUACUGAUGAUCAUCUACUUAUCUACGCUCACAAUAUACGGUUCAUUUACUUCAUCACCCUCACAGUUACUGCAAAACCAAACCAUCUGACAAAUGAAUGGUCAACACAUUCUUGCAAUAGGACAUCUUGGACCUUUAAAAAAUAGAUACAGUAUAAUGUCGAUUAUCCGGGCAACCGCGUCCAGGAUUUCCACGGAUAACAGAUCCUUCAGCUUUGUACGUGCAAUAACUGAAGAAGACGACAGGUCAAACGCUACAAGCAUUCAUUAGUGUUUUAAUAUCAUGGAACAGUUUCAUGGGAGUUUAACUUGAUAAACUCUCUAGUUCUUCUCGGGCCAACCAGUUAAACGGUUAAAACAGUCAAAACUAUUCUACUAGCUGUCAUUGUUUAGCUCACGGAUAAUCCGUCCGCCGGUUAAUCAGGCCCCGGAUAAUCGACGUUCUACUGUAUAUUGACUCACGUUAUGAUCCAAUGCGUUUAGAUCCAGUUUCGAAGCAAUGUUUCGUAAUUAGUAAUCUUUCCUUUCAAUUUAUUAUAAAAAAAAACAUCUACUAUAUUUACUACACAGUAUCGUAAACUUUUGUCCCAUUAUUACUACUCUUUUUAGAUAAGCACUGUAGUGUGUGAAAAAAUAUUUUAGAACAAUGAGUAGCAGCAAACAGUGCUGUAGAAAUUCGGUUCGGUUACGGUAUUCAUUUGAUUGCUCCUUGUGUGCCAAUCAGAUGUUGUUUAAAGUAGUGUUAGAAAGUCAAAAUAAGCAAGCGUUGGUUCUGAUUCGUACUCAAUUCAAACGAUAAUAAUUAUCCACCCUGUAGUAGCAUAAUCGAAAGCAGAAAUUCUACUAAAUCACAGUUGCGUUGCCUGAUUUGCGUUGACCAUUUGUUUCUUUUGUCAGUUUGUUUGUUUACUCACAUAGAAUUUUUAUGUUCGCAGUGUUUCGUGAACGCACGUACGUUUCGUGCGAAAGUGUGUGCAGUUGCAAUUGCCGUCCAUUUUUUUUAGUUUCUUUGCAACGGAAACCGCAAACAGGAAAAGUACCAAUCAAUCCCCCGAACGCCCUCCCGUACUUGCAGUAACCGUUGAAAGGGAUGAGUAAAUGAAAUUGAAUCGGAUUGUGCCAGUCGAACACUUAGCUACCCCUUAGACGUAUCCAGUAGGUGCGAAUCCAUCCAAAACGCCAGCACGAUUCGGCCGUAAAGUCGCAUAGCGAAUGGAGCAGGAACGAACGAACGGAAACGGCACGGUAUGAUGUGUCACGAAGGAUACUUGAUCGCCGUCCAAAUUGCAUUACGAAUUGGAAUAGAAAUUCUAGCGUGGAUAAGAAUCUUGAGCAAAUACUAGGAAGCACAUCGAACGGUACCUGUGCAGUUGUGGUUCGGUGAAAAUUAAACAGACAGUUAAAAUGGGUGAAAGAUACUGGUGGUGUAACGGUGUGUAACAUGCGUUACUGGGCUUCACAACCCUGUCCAAACAUGGCGCUUUACUCGGUAGCACUCAUCAAGCAAUAUUUGUGAGCAAAUAGUGUACAGCGUUGAUGAGCUAGCUGCAACACGUAAAGCGACGUACGAUGAACGAGAUUAUUCUUUCUUUUUCGUUACAAAAUGCUAUCAAAAGUCCCUGCAGGGAUGGCAGGUGAAAUAGUUGAAACAAAAAAACCCUAAGUAAAAGCUUACGUGCUUUAUUCUGCUUCCGCAAAACCACAUAAAUGGGGGGUAAUUUGAAUUGUGCUGCUAGACACCUAUUGCUCUACAGUUGUCCAAUGCGAGGCGGCCGUCUCGUAGAAGAUUCAUACAGGUAGAGGAAUUAGCGUUGUCCGGGAAAGCACCGUACGCUGCAAGUGAUUUCCUCUUUUAUAAAUGUAACUAUGUUGUAAAUUCGAUAACAUCUAGACUAGUUUACCGACGCGAAUAUUAGAUACGUCAGUUCCAAUAGUAGCGUUCACCACCAAAGCUGAGUGUCACUAAUUUUAACUGCACUGGUUUAAUUUUACGGUAAACUGCACCACCGGUAUGCUUGCUAAUGCUUCGAUAGAAUGCUCGUGUUUUGUUUAGUGAUUGUUUUGUUCGAACAACGUUUGGCAACAGGUAGAGAACAAGGAUAUAGCUGAUGAUGUACAUCUUCCAAACGGACAAUUGUUGACCCGAACGGGCAACGCAAUACGUGGGGCGUAGCCACACUUGUACACACAACAAAACGAAAAGCAACAACAUUUUCAUAGUGAGUGCGUGAAAGACGCAAAACGGUUUGUGAAUGUUUCCAAUCUGAAUUGGUCGUUCACCGAUAUGUAGAAAAAGCUCUUGCGCACACGUGUGUAGUAAAGGGGAAAAGGGAAUAAUGCAAAUAGAUUAAAUUUGUCUUUGUUCCAAAGACCUUUGUAAUACCCUGUAUGCCGUAGAGAAGAAUGGUAUCUAAAGCAAAACGAUGCAUAAUAAAAGGAAAAAUCAACCAACCAGA